AUGCCGCAGCUGUUCUCCCAAGGGCUCACGAAAGACUUGAUGCUGAUGAAGCAGCAAAAUACCGGGCUCCGCGACCUUCGGCGCCGCAUCCGUGCUGUCCAGAAGUCGCGCUCCCUGGGACGGCAGCUUGGGGAAUCAGCACCCAAUCCAAAUACCACCGACUACGUCUUUCGUGGAAAUUCGCAGUCCCUGGCAGACCACGCAACAGAAGACGCGAGCUCCCAAACGGAAAUGAGAGACAAUGAUGUCAUACUCAAUUUUGAGAACAUGGACCAAGACUGUGCAUUACGUCCCGUCACUACAAACUCGACCAUCAACACUUCAGAUACGCUGCGCUUCUCGGAUACUUUCCGACAUCCUUCCACCAAUAAAACCACUAUGAGCGGACCACAAACGACUCCGGAAACUGUCCCUGCAGGCCAUACGCGGCUCACCACGGACGAACGGGGCCAGCUCCGAUACUUCGGCUACUCGUCUUUAAUGCGGAUGGUCUCUAUCCUCCCACCAUCUUCGCCUUCCAACUCUACCGCCUCGGCGGCGACGGCGGCGGCGGCCUCUGGAGCUGGCACCUUGGAUGAUAUCAGCCAAGAUGUUGCUAUAUUGGCUGACUCGGGCGAAACCCACCAUCAUCUGAUGGACCUCUUCUUUCGGUACCAACACGCAGCUCUACCUGUCCUUGACGAGGCGGCUUUUCGAGAAUCGUACAUGCGAGGAAAACGGACAGAAUAUUACUCGACUUUCCUGCUACACUCUCUUCUCCUAAGAGCGCUUAAAUUUUCAGCGCACCCACGUGCAGACCAACUCAAGAUCGUCUACCUCCGGCGAAUCCGUCGCGAGCUGCUAUUUGAGAUUGAGAAUCCAAGCAUUGCCACGAUUCCGGCCCUGUGCAUGUUUGGGUCCUACAUGGCGGGCGAGGGUAGCGAUCGCGCAUGUUGGCUGUAUCCAGGCCUUGCUUUCCGUCUGCUCUAUGAUUUCGGUCUUCACGAAGACUGCUCUGACCUCGUCAAGUCUGGGCGUCUAACAGAAACAGAUCGCCGGAUCAAACACUCUAUCCUCUACCACUGUUAUGUCUUUGACAAUAGACUGUAUAGCUCCUUUCAAGGCCGACCAACGGCUGUCCGCCUAGAAGAUAUCUCAUGCCCUCUUCCUUCAGCAGAUAUUCGCGACCCAAGCCACCAGUCCUUGACUGCGUUUGUGCGUCUCUCUUCAAUCCUAGAAGAAAUUCUGCCUAUUAUCAACGGACGCCGGCUAGAUACUAUAUAUCAGCACGCCUCGGUUGAGAAGCUCUCCCGCGCCAGUGACGAUCUCCUGCAAUGGUUUAAGGCGUUACCGCCAGAACUACAGUGGAACUCGAGCGCUGUACAGCUUCCAUCCCCAGCUACAUGCGCACUACACAUCCAUUUCCUCUCUGUCACUAUUCUUCUUAACCGACCGUUUGCUGCCUAUAUGCUCAAGUCUGCCGAUGACAAGGGCGUUGUCGACGGGCGUGCUGGAAAUAGGCGCCUUAGCGGGCAAACGCCAGAGAUUUCACAAAAGAUUUGCACAACAAGCGGCAUUCGGAUAUCGAAAAUUCUCUGCGCAUACAAGCGCUGUCACGGUGCUAACAAAUUCUUCUCCACCAUUAACCCAGCAUGUCUAUCUGCGUCCAUAGCGCUCAUCUCGGACAUUGUCAGUGCCAAGGUCGGAGAGGACAAGAGGGAGGAAAAACGAUGGCUCUCCGCCAUACUCGAGACAUUAAAUGAGAUCACUCCAACUUACCCUGUUGCUGGAAGAAGCUACAUAGUCCUCUGCGCUAUCGCCAAGGCCUGCGGACUGCAGGGUGUCGCCCCGCCCCCGUCAUCGUCGGGACCGCUUGGAACAUCGGACUCGGGAAAUGACCUGCUCAGCCAGCUCUUCCAAAACGCAGAGGGACAACAGACGGGCCCGGGCGAAAUGGUUUCGUGCGUGAACGAGUCGCUGGGAUGGGAGUUCCAUCCAAUGUUAGGCGACGUGCACGAUAUCGGGCUCUCAGACUUUUAUCCUCGGCUGUCGCCGUGGCCACCGUCGACACCAGACUACGGGAACUGGUUAGUUUGA